AUGGCCGACAGGGAAACAACACCUACCGCCUCGGUCUCAAAUGCGGCAAAGUACCGUGGUGCAGUUGUAGAGGACUUGCAGCUUCCUCCCGCGUUCUGCGUUCCUCAAGAUGCGCCGUUGUCGCUGGCUCUCGAAAAGGCAUACGAGCGCGAGUUUGACCAGCUCCCCGUACUGAAUGACAAUCGCAAGCCCGUUGGCUACCUGAACGUGCAAGCUAUGAAGCGCAAGUUCGAGAGCGGUCAAGCUGCUGAAGCCGAUCCCAUCUCCUCCCACACCACCCACUUCCCAAUGACCUCCAAGGCGCACCCUUACACGGUGAUUACACCUGACACUACACUCGAAGAUCUUGAAGCGUUUUUCAAUAGCCAGGGCGUCGAGUUUGCGCUUGUGACCGAUGACGACCGCAAAUGGGUGCUGGCGGUGGCCACACGCUCGGACUUGGAGACGUUUGUCAAGCGCCGCGGCACGGCGUAA